CGAAGUCAAACACUUCUCGUUGGACUGAACAAGGAUAAACGCAGCACGAUGAGCAGGUUGACGGCGAUCUGCCUAAUGGCAGUAUGCAUCGCCUCUCUGUACGUCACUACCGCACGUGAGAUCAGCAGAGCUCAUUACGACGAUCUGCAAGUAGCCGCUUCUCAUCAUGGCCACCAUGGUCAUGAGAGCGGCCACGAUGAAGAACACCAUUCUGAUCAUCAUCAUCAUCACGGCGGAAAAGGCGACAAAGGUUACAAAGAGCAUCAUCAUCACGAGAAGGGAGAAAAAGGACAUCACGAUAAAGAGGGCCAUUCUGGACACUUUCACGAGCACGGAGGCCAUAAGAAGCAUCAUCAUCACGAUGACGGAUAUCAUCAUGAACACCAUAAAGGCGAGAAGGGAGAGAAAGGUCACAAGUUCCAUGAGAAGGGACAUUACGGCAAAGGUCACAAAACGCAUGGUCAUCAUGAAGUUCACAAGCUCGACGAUUUCAAGAAGGACAAGGAAUUUUUCGACGAACACCAUGAUCACGGCCACCACGAGGAACACGGCGGUCAUCAUCACGAGCACGGACACAAGAAAGGCGGUCACUUCAAGAAAGGACAUCACGAUCAUCAUCACCAUGAAGGUCAUCAUGGAAAGAAGGGCCAUCACGAAAAAGGUCACCAUCAUCACGAUCAUAAGGGUCACAAACACCACGACGAUCACGAAGAACAUCAUCAUCACCAUCAUCAUCAUGGCAAAAAAGGCGGUCAUGAUGAUCACAAGGAGUGGGGAUAUAAAAAGGGACAUUGAUCCGUACAUGACAAUUGUUCCGAUGCUAUUGUUUGUUGAGUUAUGUUUGUCAGUACCACGCAUUCAUUGUUGUACAUGUCGACGAGUAAAAAAUAAAAUUUUUCGAUAGAUAUAUAUUA